AUGGCAGGGCUUGCUAAUGUGCUGAAGGAGGCAUCCGCAGCAUUGGCACGCUUGGGAGGCUCAGAGGGGUCACCUCAAGGAAAGUCAAACAUUGACACGAAGGUAAACAUCCAAGAAGCGGCUUCAGCACUGGCGCAGGUUGCUUCGGCCUUGAAAGAUGAUGGAGGUCCCGCCAAGGCGGGUGCGGCAGCAAGGGCACCGACGCUAAGCGACAAGUUGUCUGCGAUUGCUCGGGGAGGGCGACGGCACUUGAGUCGCUCGCGCUCAGGGAGCCCAGAAUCUCUUGAAGGCAAUAGCAAGGAGGACAUUGGAGAGGAACAGGUUCGAGAGUUCGUGGCUCUGCACAGCCUAGACGAAUGGAUUGUUGAAGUGUUGAUGAUGCUAUCGCCCUCGAAGCGAUCUGCUGUUCUGCGUAAGCCUCUCAACGUGGAGCGAGCUCGCAAUCCGAACGGGGUGGUCAUCAGCAGGGUGAAGCAGGUGGUAUCUGUGGAGCAAAGAAUCCAGAUGUUCAUCAAGGUCAAUGACCUGGGUGAAGGUGUUGUGGACCGGCUUUCGACCCUUACUUCCGAGCAAUGUGAGGCAGUGAUGGACUCUGGACUAAAGAUUCAGAGAGCUUCGAACCCCUCUGGUGUCGCCAUGAGUCGCAUUACAGAAGUCCUGCGAACUAUGAGCCAUCGUGGUGGCAGGCCAAUCACGCUACACCCGAGAACCGAGUCUGGUGGAUCAAGGGAGCGGGCACGAAAAGAGCGGCGCAGCAGGAGUCGACACCGUCACCAUCGAGAGGACUCUGUGCCUUCAGAUGUGCGGCGCCUGAUGGAGGAGCUGGGUCUGGAAGAUUGGUGCGGCGAAGUCUUGAGGCGGCUCAGUCUUUGGCAGCGUCAAUCCGUGGUGCAUGAGCUUGGGAAUAUGGGGGGUGUGCGAAACCCCUCAGGCGUGGUGAUGAGCCGUAUCAAAAGCGUUGUAAGCCCGGACGAGCUCCUGGCUAUCUUCGUGGAUUUGAACGGUCUCGAUCGGGCUGUGGAGGCAAAGCUUUGGGAGCUCAGCCCCGAGCAGCGAGCAGAAGUGCUGGCUCCUGGAAUCUAUGCCUCACGGCGGAGCAUAGCGGAAUUCUCGUUCGAAUGA